UGCCAGCAGUGCCUUCAGAUAUGUUAAGUUUGUCUUUUGCCUCUGGUAGCAGUGUGCACACGGUGUUGUUUGGGCACUGAUUAGUGGAUUUAGUCCAGCUGGGUGCUGCAUGCUCAGUGAGGUUGCAGUGGUUUUUGGGGGAGACACGCUUCGAGAUGUUCGUGGCCCGACGUUGGUUGUUUGGUGCCAUCCACAUGUUGAGGAUGGACAGGAAGAAGUGUUGUGUUCAGCUGUCAGUUCAUCCGUCCAGAGGGCUGAUGGAUGAAAAGUUCAUUGUCCGGGUUCAGAAGGUUCUCCCUGGUUGUCAGCUGACUGUCCACGCCCUCCACCAGUGUGAAGACAGGAACAGCUGGGAAGCAUUCGGUCACUACACGACCGAUGCCAGCGGGACUGUGAACGUUUCACAGGAUACCAGUCUGGGUGGGACAUACUCUGGGGUUGAAGCGAUGGGUCUACUGUGGAGCCUCAGACCAGUUCCAGGCAGCAAACCAGGGCUCAGGUUGAGGAAGAAGAACGUCCAGACUCCCAUGGAGGUCACAAUUUCAGUGUACCAGGGUCACCAGACAGAGGGCUUUGUGGAUCAGGUGCCGCUGGCCAGUGUGUUGGUGGAGCGUUGGUACAUGGCACCUGGUGUCCGCAGAAUCCCAAUCACAGAGGAAGGACUCACUGCGACCCUCUUCUUGCCUGCAGGACCUGGACCUUUCCCCGGCGUCCUGGACCUGUGGGGGGGUGGAGGGCAGUUGGUGGAAUAUCGUGCAGCACUGCUAGCCUCCCAUGGCUUCGCCUCUCUGGCCCUCGACUACCUAACAUGUAAAAUCACCUUGGAAACUGGAAAGAUGGUGGACAACCAGUACUUUGAGACAGCCUAUAGAGUCCUACAGCAGCAUCCUCAAGUCCUCGGCAGCAGGAUGGCCAUGUUGGGCUUUUCCUUGGGCACCAGUUUUACCUUCAAAAUGGCUGUUUACUCCCAGGUUAUAAAGCUUAGAUGUGCAGUGUGUAUUGGUGGGAGUCACGUGCAGCCAAUCGAUGGACCUCCGAAAGAAAUGCUGACUUAUUUUAACAGAAAUGCCUCAAAAAUUCGCUGCAGUGAGAAGAAUGAGAUCAUUUUGCGAGAUGUGUUCCAGCCCACCGCAGACCCCUCAUUCAAAGUGGAUAUGGGACGACUCCAGUGUCCUCUGUUGCUGGUUGUGGGUGAAGACGAUCAGAGCUGGCCUGCCUCCGAGGCUGCAAAGGAUAUAAAGGAAAUGAUGGAGCGAGCAGGGAACAGCCACCUGCUGACCAUCCUGUCGUACCCAAAAACAGGUCACCUGAUUGAACCACCAUACAUACCCCAUGCCCGAGCCAGCAUCUUCAGAACAAUAGGCACACGUGAGAAAUUGAUGUUUCUGUGGGGCGGACAGACAGUGGAACAUUCUCAUGCUCAGGAGGACGCCUGGAUGAAGAUCUUGGUCUUUCUGAGGGAGAAUCUGUAUGGCGGCACAAACCCUGGUGCAACAUUAUAAUCCCACCUGUAACCAAGGCAACAACUAAUGACUGCAGAGAUCCAAAGUGAAGUAAAAAUUGUAGUUUUUUCCUCAGACAAUGUAGGGUGAUGCACAGUGGGAACACUGCUAAAGCUAUCCAGGCUGUAGUUGCUGUUCAGGUGAUGGUUCUCUGUAGUAUCAUCUCUCAUCCAAUCACAUCAAAGUUUCUUCACUCUCAAGACCUAAAGAAGCAGAGCUGCAACCAUUACUUGAUUUAUCUAUUUUUUUCAAUCAUUUGUUUAUAUGUGAAGUGUCAAAAAAAAAAAAUGCCCAUUAUAAUUUUUUAGAGCACAAGAUGUUCUCAAAUGUCUCAUUUUAUCUAACCAUCAAUCCAAAGCCCCAAAUUAUUUAAUUUUCUGAGCUAUAAAAGAGAAAUGCUGAAAAUUCUCACAUUAGAGGAGCAGGAAUCCCAGAAUGUCCAGAGUUUCUCUUUCUACAUGACUGAAUGAUAAAUUCUUUCCAAGAUAGUUGUCAAAACUUCAUUUAGUUUAUAGGCUGAAACCCAAUCUGAUUUGUCUUAAUUCCAUGUGACUCAGGCGUGAUGUUUUUAUGUCAUAUCUUAUGCAUUCCUAUCAGACCUGGUCUUUAUCUGCCUCAGAUCUGAUCUCUGUCUGAACCCCCACAUCUGGGUUUAUGGGUUUGCUUUUAAUGUCUCGCUUCGCUUCGCAUUGCAACAAAAUCAAACUUUUCAGACAGGACACUUUGUCAGAUUUUAACCGUUUAUUUCAGACUGACAUGCAUUUGUGUUUGGCAGUUACUCUGCUCAAGUAAUACUCUGGAACGACCUGCACAAGCGUGACACAGACAGUCCCUGAGAUCAUGAACCCCAAAACCAAGCUCCCGACGGGAGCCAAUAAUCACAGUCACUGCCUGUGAAAUGAAUGAAGUGGUUAUUUGACGUGACAAGCAUGUCACAAUUUCUCUCAAUUCAUGUAAGCUGACAUGACCUUCUCACUGCAUGCAAGGAUCCAUGGCACUCCGAAAGCAUGCAGAGAACAUGAAGCAAGAUGCUUUUACAGAGCCUUGAUACAGAGGAAAUAUAUUAUGCAAGAUAUGAGGCUAUGUGUGACGUCAGGCGUGACGCGUUUUCUUUGAAUUCCUGCAAGCAUGCAUGUCCUUCACAUCUGGAUGCAGGGGAUUAGCAGCAUGCUGAAUGCGCACGGAUGAACAUCUAGCAAGGCACUAUUAUAGUGACUUAAUACAAAGGGAAUAUCCCAUAUGAGAUAUGAGACUGAGUGACUUCAAGCUUGAUGCAUAUCCUUUGAAUCUGUGCAAGCAUGCAACCUUCAUGAACUAACACAAAACAGUGGCCCAAUUAUCUGUAGUCAUCACAAACUAUGUAUUAUUUGAAUUUUCAUGGAAUUUGAGCAAUACUGAUGGCAUUCAGGCAAUGAUAAAUAUUCAUAUGAUGCAGAGGAUGAGUGGAAGGAGUAGGUCGUAUAGCUUAGGGUGAGUCCACAGUGGUGGCAUGGGACGUGGAGGAGGCAAACCAAGGCCUGGAUGGGGCUUUCACAGAGUCUGUGUUCCACAGAGGCUCAUCUCCCCUUGCAUUGGUUAAUAGGCACCGACUCAUAGAAGAAAAAGAACAGAAAGCACAUGAACGCUGGCAAUGAAGAUCAGAGCAUCCUCUACACAAGGAGGACUGUUCUGAGACAGUAUCUACAUAUAAACCAAAAAAGUAUAAUGUAAGAUGUUUAUCGUUGCCUCCUGGAUGAUUUCUUUGGUCCACUGAAGAGGAGGUAACAAUAUCCUUUCCCAAGAAAGCUAGAACUGCAGGGUCUAAAUGUUUUAAAUGAAACUGGACUUCAGAAUUUAAGUUUAUAGCCUCGAGAAGGGAAGGAGGUAAACAAGCAUUGAACCAGCUUGUGUUUGGUCAAAUGCCGGCAAGACAGGCUGCAAGAAGAAAUGGAGCACAGACAUGGCUGAGGAAUUCUCUUCAUGUUGACUGAUGCUUCACUGUUGCAAAACACGAUGAUUGUUUCCUCUACAAUUUACCUUCCUGCAGGAAGGGAAACGGAUCAUAACAGUCUUAGGCUGGAAGAUAGCAGCCAAAUAUGGAAGUCCUUUGGCCAUACAUCUACAAAACAUUAGUUGUUAAAACAGACCCCACAACCUACUAAGGCAGCAGCAUGCGAUAAGAACCUUGAGAUGACCAAUGAUUCCAGUGUGUCAUUAUAAAAGAAAGUUAUACUGUUUCAGUGUCUGUAUAACGGUUACCCACGGCGAAUCUGAUCACAAGUCUUCAUGACAAGAUGACGAGCAACAUGUCUGCAAUUUAGAAAGGUUGAGAAGUCUGGACACAAAGAGGUGCCUUGGAAAUGAUUAUUAAUUAAUAAAUCUAGAGAUAAAGUCAAGUUAACGAUAAAUACAGUAAAGCUCAUCUUUGAGGUCUUUACAGAUAUCCCCUCCUCGUAGCGGCAUUAAAUCUUUCUCUAUACAGCAAAUCAAACAUUUACAUGCUUCUAGACUUUCUGUAGCACAUAUUCUGGUCCAGCAGGGGGAAUAGAAAGCUUUAUUUCUUCUCUAAAGGCUGAAGCUUCUGUGAUAUUCUCCUGACAGCUUGGAUGACCUCUUCAAUGUUGGCUUUGUCUCCAAGCUCGAUCUCUCUGUGCUCCAAAAGUAUAUAUAAUAUAGCAUAUUUACAAGAGCUGUUGUACAAAAGUGAUCUCCACUACAGAAAUAUGACUGGAAGUAUGAACUACCUAACAAGCGUAAGUAUUGUGUUUGAGUCCCGAGUUAUUAUGGUAUAAAUUCCCCACAGUAACAGCUGUGGUUUAAACCUCUUGGACAUGUGUAAUGCUACUUUAAUUGACCAUAAUACUUAGAAAGGCUGAAACCCAAUGGCAUAAUUAAUUCUGGACAAUAACCCACAAGUUUAAUAUUAUAGCUAAGACACCAAGAUGUUACUAAAUGUGGAAAUUAAGGUUCACCUAUGGAAGUAACCUAAAUUUAUGACCCUAUGAGCAUGAGCUAUCAUGCUCAUAGGGUCAGACCACUAUAUUUUAAAUAGUCAGGUCUGUGAGUAGUCAGAAAUCAAAGAUUUUUAGCUAUAUUUUUAAUGUAUUAUUAUUAGUGGUGCGAUGCAAUUUUUUAAAAAAUCUGAUUAAUUAGAGGCUUUGUAAUUAAUUAAUCACGAUUAAUCACAUUUUUUGCCAAAUAGCAAUAUUUGACACAAUCAGAAAGGCUUUUCAGUUCAAAUUAAUUUUGGUUAAUGACCGAAUCAAUGAAUAGACAUAUACAUAAACUUAAAGAACAAAAAUGUUUGUUUCAGUCAUAUUUAUCUGCAUUUUUCAUCUGUCUGCUACCUUCACAGAUUACUGCAAACUCAAAGUGAAAUUAUGCCAUUAUACUCAACAUUUUAACACUUUUUGUGAACUCAAGCACUGUUUUAUGUCUUGAAAAGUGGUCUAUUGUGGGCUGGCUAGACUGUUUGCUGGUACCAGGACUGUCAUAGCUAACAAGGUACAGGAUCGCAGCUUGAAACGCACCACAACGGAACCAGCAUGCAAUGCGGUACAUUUCACAUAGGCAGUGAAUGAGAUGCCUGAAACUGGAAGAUCUAGUGGACAUGUAACGUUAUUUCUUGCAUCAAAUGCUUUCAGAAAUACUUUCUGAUUAACUGUUUUUGUAAUAAAAUAGAAAGUUUGCAAGUGAGCCAAUCAGGAGCAGGCAGGAUAGUUGGAGAAGAAGGUGAAAUGUAUACUGCUGUAUUGCAUACAUAUUAAUGUAUGAUCUUAAUGUCUACUUUUAAUGCACUUUUAUAGCUUAAAUGUUUCUUUUCUAUGAUUUUAAUGUAUGAUCUUAAAUUCUACCUUUGAAUCAUUUUUUAUAAUUUUAAAGUUCUGUGCUGAAUGUAUUUCUUUGCCAUUGCAAAGCUUCUUGAACUGUCUUGUGUAUGAAUUGUGCUAAACAAAUAAACUUGCCUUGGCUUUUGUUGAAAUGCCA